AUGUGGACCUUCGAUGAAAACAUUGGCGGUUGGGUCAACGAUAUUUCGAAUUAUCACCAGAAGUGGGAACUCAUUAAUGGAGCUGUCUGCUUACACAACGUGCCAGCUGAUACUAAAAUUUCCUCUGGCGGUAUGCCCUGGUUUUCUGCUAAUUCAAGGAAGGCGGAUAAGGCAACCCGGAAUCCAAAAGCGCCAUUAUGGAGUCCUCCUGUUCCACAAACUGUAGGAAUGCGUUGCGUCACGAUAGAUUACAACAUCAGUUUUAACGGCGUUGAGUCUGGAUCUUACAAUCUUGCCUUGCUUCAACAACAAGACGGUUUUGCCUCUGGUGAACUUGUUGUGUUUGUACCUUUGAUGAAUCUAUGCGUGAUCGGACCAACGAUCUUCCAAAUUGGCAUCAGAAGUGGCGUCUGUGAGGGGUUUAACUGUUCCUGUGAUAUGCCUGCUAAGCCUAAAAUGAGCUUUGAACUUGCACCCUGGCUUCUUUUUGGUGAUAUAAAGGAAGAUAAAACUAUGAAGAACGCAAAAGCCUUUCCCUGGAGUUCCUUCCAUUCCACAAGCCACUGGAGUGCGUUGCAAUCCAUGCGCUCUUCGAAUGAUGAUUUUGACGUCGGUUUUCUCCACAUUCUUCUCGUCGUUUUCGUUUUGUUCUCUGUAGAUACUCCUCCGAAACCGUAUUAUGUGUGGACCUUCACUGAAAAUACUGAUGUUCCCCCGAAGCCAUAUUUUGUCUGGACCUUUGACGAAGACACAGGCGGUUGGGUCAACGAUAUUUUGAAUUGGAAUCAAAGGUGGCAGCUCAUCGACAGCGCCAUCUGCCUUUGCAAUGUGCCAGAUGAACCUAAAAAGUACACUAAAGCUCUCCUUUGGCUCUCUUUGGUGGACAAAACGGAUAAAAAAGUGGCAAACAAUGCAAAAGCUCCUCUCCGGAGUCCACCUAUUCCCCAAGCCGUUGGAAUGCGUCGCAUCACGAUGGGUUACAGCAUCAGUGUUGAUCCCGUAGAAUCUGCACCGUACAGUCUUGCCAUGUUGCAUCAACAAAUCCUCGUUGGUGCUCUCUGUCGCGAUUUUGGUGAUUGGACCUCAGUACCCCCUGACGCUCUUCCAAAACCAUUUUUCGUUUGGACCUUCAACGAAAACACAGGAAAGUGGACCAACGAUGCUGCAAAUCAGCGUCAGAAGUGGGAGCUUAUGAGUGGAGUCAUUUGUUUACACAACGUACCGAUUGAGAUCGAAGGGUCCAGUGAUGAUAUGUCUUGGCUUUCUUUGACUGAUGAAGGAGAAGAGAAAGCAACCAAGGGUGCGAAGGUUCUUUUCUGGAGUCCACUCAUUCCACACGUUGUUGGAAUGCGUUGUAUCGCAAUGGACUACCGCAUUGGCGCCGAUUUUGAAGUAGCUGAGAAGUAUAGUCUUGCCAUUUUGCAGCAGCAGGACGGUCUUCCGGCUCCUUUAGUCUUUACUCUGACAUUCCGAAAUUCACUUCCGAAGCCCUAUUACGUGUGGACUUUCAACGAAAACGCUGGUAAAUGGGUCAACGAUCCUGCCAACUGGAAUCAGAAAUGGGAACGCAUUGAUGGAGCCAUCUGUUUGUACAAUGCACCGAUUGAACCUGAAACUCCUUCUGACGACAUGCCUUGGCUUUCUGUUAAGUCGCAAAAGGAUGACAAAACUGAUAGGCGCACAAAAUCUCCUCUCUGGAGUCCACCUAUAUCAGAAGCUGUUGGAAUGCAUUGCAUUACGAUGAACUAUCUCAUCCAUGUCGGUUCUUCUCUUUCAGUCGUUUUCGUUUUGUCUCCCGUAGACCCCCUUCCGAAGCCAUAUUUUAUCUGGACCUUCGAUGAAGAUACAGGCAGUUGGGUCAACGAUGCUGCGAAUUGGAAUCAGAAAUGGGAACUCCUAAGCGGGGCCAUCUGCUUGCGCAAUGUACCGGUUGAACCUAAGAAGCAUUCUAAAAGCCUACCCUGGCUUUCCCUAACUUCCAAAAAGGAAGACGAAGCUGUUAAGAACACAAAAGCCCCCCUAUGGAGUCCACCCAUUCCACAAGAUGUAGGCAUGCACUGCGUCACGAUGGAUUACAAAAUCGACGUAGAUUCCGAGGACUUCCGGAUCUAUAAUCUUGCGCUGUUGCAGCAGCAAGACGGCGUCCUCCACACAUGGAAAUUCGAGGAAGACUUGGCCGAUUGGACCAAUGAUCUUACCAAUUGGCAUCACAAGUGGCAGGUUGAGUGGCAUCAACUCUGUCUUGCCGCUAAGCCAACCUCUGAUGGAAAAAAUCGGUCUCCUUGGUCUUUUUCUACCAGAAAAAAUGUUAGUGAUCCAUCUGCCGGUGUUCAAGCUCGUCUUUGGAGCAGUCCUAUUCCUUCCGAAGUCAGAAUCGGUUGCCUCACUCUGUCCUUUCUCAUCUCCGGGGUUGUCAUGGGGAGAUCGAUUUCAGCCGUCUCCCUAACCAAUAUCGUUUUGUCUUCGCAUCUAGAACUACCAAAACCCCUGUUAACAUGGACAUUUUCCGAAGAUCUGGAGGAGUGGACAAAUGAUGGGGACAAUUGGUUGCAGAAAUGGCGAGUCUCACAGAUACGCAAUCAGAAAUUGCUGUGUCUUCACACAAAAACCUCUCAGCGAAGUCGGCAAUCGAUUCUGCUCUCUGAACAAGAUCUCUCCCCUAAUACUAGCAUUCAAGCGCGUCUCUUGAGCCCCCUGAUUCCUGCUCGUCUUGAACUGCCAAAGCCUCUGCUAACAUGGACAUUUUCCGAAGAUCUAGAAGAAUGGGCAAAUGAUGGAGACAAUUGGUUUCAAAAAUGGAAGGUUUCGUCGAUGCGCAACCAGACCUUGCUUUGUCUCCAAGCUAAACCAUCCCAGCGAAGUCGACAGUCGAUUUUACUCUCUCGUAAAGGCGAUCCGAUAAAACCUAACUUCAAAGCACGUCUUUUGAGUCCACCGAUUCCCUCCGAUCUGAGUCUACGUUGCCUUGCCAUCGCCUAUGCAUUCGACUUAGGUCCUGGUCUUGAAACCCCAAAGGCAAUGCGUUUGAGUCUCUUGCAGCGUGCAACUUCGCUCACUUGUGGCUUUGAGAAUGGCAGUUUGUGCGAGUGGGGAAACGAUCUGAAUAACUGGUUGGCUACUUGGAAGGUGGACAAUUCGACCCUCUGCUUCAAACCUCUGCGACAGCAUUCCAAGUCAAAGACGGAACUGUUUGCUCGACUCUACAGUCCUUUCCUGAGCGAGGAGGAUGUGAUUGGAUAUGGGCGAACGAAUUCAUUUUCCUGUGACUUCGAAUCCCCCGGAAUGCAAUCUUUUUGCCAUUGGAAUAUCGAUCCCAGAGACAGUGGUGCUAUGUGGGGUAUCAUCUGGAGCCCAAACUUGCACACCAACAUGCUCUGCCUGACCCCUGCGGCAGGCGUAUAUACCGACGGUGACGAUGACGCUUUUGAUUUGGGCGAAAUUAAUGCGAUUGCAAUGCGAGCGAGAUUCUGGAGUCCGAAGUUUCGCGUAGCAAAGGCCGACGUAGUACCACGAUAUCGGACGUCUCUCGAUUGUGCCUUUGAAAAUGGGUCAAUCUGUGAGUGGACCAAUGAUCCCAACAACUGGUUCGCCACUUGGGGAGUGUUAGAUUCGCUUCUUUGUUUCAGACAGCAUCGUUCUGCCUCGGGAAAACAGACCGAACUGUCUGCUCGUCUCUAUAGUCCCCUCUUGAGUGGGGCGUCGCUCAAUUGCACAUUCGAGAGUGGGAGUCUGUGUACCUGGUCAAAUGAUCAAAACAAUUGGCUCGCAACAUGGGAAAUUGUGCAAAGAAAGAACACAAUUCUCUGUCUGAAACCUCUCCGUAUUCCAUCUGAUGCAAAUGCGGAGAUGUCUGCCCGUCUCUACAGUCGUUUCUUGAGUGUACAGGAUGGAAUUGGAUGUUUUAAGUUCAGCUACAUUAUCUCUCCAACUGAAACCACAUUUCUUUGCUUCCUUUCAGAGGUGUCCGCCUCUUUAUUCGCUUGUGAUUUCGAGGUGCAGGGACUAAAAUCCCUCUGCGGAUGGAAGGACGAUCCCAGGGACAAUGGUGUUGCCUGGAUCAUUGUCUGGAAUUCCGAUCUUCACACCAACAGCCUUUGUAUGACGCUUGCCACAUCGAGUCGCUACGUGGCAGAUGAUGAUGGCAAUUUUGGUUUUGGCGGUAUUAAUGAACCUGUGAUGCGAGCUAGGUUAUGGAGUCCAAAAUUCCAUGCUGCAAAGACCUAUGAGGCACCGCAGUGUGUCAAGUUCUCGUUCAAGUUUGAUCAACUAGACGCCGAGUCAUCUUCUUCCUUGACAGUUUCAACAGCUGGAAAGUCACCGUUGGACUGCCAUUUCGAUAAUGCCUGCAGCUGGAUGCCAGACCCUCGUGAUAGCACAGCAAAGUGGCAAAUUGAGAAUGGCACCAUGUGUCUGCGUCCUGUUAGCCUUCCACAGCAUUUCGAAUCCUUUUCCGAUCUUGAAUCUAGUCAUAGUGAUCGGCGUGCACGGCUAUGGAGUACUGAUAUUCGUUUCCAUCACAAUGUUCAGUGUCUCUGUUUCAUCUAUUCUCUCAGCUCCACACCGGUGGAUAAGUUCUCACUUUCCGUUCUGCUUCACUCGUCGGGAAACUGUCAGAAAAUCCUAGACGCCAUAACCGGUCAGGAAUUUGAGGUUUGUCGGCCCGUUCUAUUGUGGAAUUCCUCCGUGUCACGUGCUCCCUCCUCUUCUUCCUGGAAUACCGCUCUCAUAGACCUUGGAACUGAUUCUUCGACUGAUUUCAAGUGGCUGCGUUCAAGUCCCCCAUCCGAUAACCGGAAAGCUGUCAAGUGUAUGGUGGGUCUUUUGACAACAGAAAUUCUCAUUAUUAAUAGUUCCAAUGAUGAUCUGUGGAAUGCCAGUGGUCCCACUUCGGGUUGGCAGAAGGCCAAAGUUGAUUUAACUUCUGCGGUGAAAAGCGAUUUUCAGUUCUCAUUCAUUAGCUCUAAUGAGGACAUCUGGAAAACCACUGGGUCCACGUUGGGCUGGCAGAAUGCCAAGAUCGAUUUGACCUCUGCCGCGAAGAGCGAUUUCCAGAUUAUUCUAGAGGGAGUUAUUCCUGCUGGCUAUCCAGAUGCAAGAAUCUGUGUGGACAAUAUCACCAGCUAUACGGUGCCCUGCAGCGAAUUGGAACCCAAACCGGUGAAGCCCUCGACCGCAACGUACACUUGGGCGCAGUACUUCGGGAUCACCUUCAUUGUUGCACUGGCCUUUGGUCUGCUCAUCCCUGUACUCUUCCUUGUGGGUAUCAUAGUGGUGUGCCGACGGCGUCAUGCCUAUCGCCACCACCACUGCAUGACCAACGGCUCUGGCGGUGGCAUGAGCGUCAGCGGUGCUGGCAGCGGCAGCUACGGUAACAGUAAGCUCUUCUCCGCCAACCUCUGGCACUACAUCGGGGGCAAGGAAGUCGCUGAUGAUCCAUUCGCAGAACACACCGCCAGCAUCCACCGCCCUCCUUUCUCUGCCCACAAAUUCUCCGAUGGCACAUUGGGCAUGCGUGGAGAUGGAACACUUGAUCUCCCUGAUGUUGUCAUUCCUUCUGGACGGGUGGUGGGUGGAACCCUGAUACGCCAGACCUCGCAGCCAGCGUACAACGGAGCACCUUACGGCUACCAGACAAUGGUGACAACGGGCAAGGCAAUGCGCUAUAAUGGCGUGCCCAUGGGCCCGCCCAGCAACAUGCUCGCCUCGCAGCCCAACUUUACCAUGGACUUUAACAGUCAAAGUGCCAUGCCCAACAUGGUCCAACAAGGCAACCAACAAAUGAUGAUACCGACCGCAGGCGCUCCCGCUCCAAGUCAAGUGAUGGUUCAAACCGAUGCUGCUCAGCAGCAGAUGAUGGUCCAGCCCGCAAACUACUUCCAGUCUCUGGCUCAACCAGCUACCCCGCUUUCGGGCUCUGGCGCCCAGCCCGCGAUGGUCGCUCCCGCGGCUGCUCCCGCUCCGGCUGCUACUGGUGCCAUUACCAUGACGACUUCCGCCGUUCCGGUUGCUGCCCCUGCUGGUGCAAACAUCGCCAUGGACGACAAUGGGCCCUUCGUGCUUCCCGAUCCGCCCUCGGAUCACCAACAGGAGCGUGAUCAAGUCGCGGCUGCCUUGGAUGCGCUUAAUGCUGCUACGGAGCCCCCACAACCACGCCAGACGACGUCGGCUGCAGCUGUGGCUAGCGGUGAGCACCCUCCACCGGGCUACGAUGAGGCAGUGGGCAUGGCAAUCACCCGUCCCGCUGGCGGUGCUGAUGCUGCUGCUGCAGCCCCGGUUCUUCCUCCACGCCGCACUGCUCCUGCCAACAACGCCGCCGUUGCUGCCGAAUCGCUGAGCUUGGCGCAGCGCUACGGACUCCCGGUGGCCGAAAUCUAA